AUGCGGGCCGAGGAAAAUCAGCGUGAAAGGGAUCGUUGGAUCAGAAAGUGGGAGGAGGAGAAGGAGGAGGCUAAGAGAUUGAUAAAGGAGAGCCUGCAGUGUCUGUGCAAUGUGAUGAAAGACGUGCUAGGUGAUAGAGUUCAGAACGUUGUUGUCUCCGGCUGUUUCGAAUAUUCUUCCCCUUGUUCCUCUUCUUGUCUACUGAAGGACUCAGGCAUGGGUGGGAAGACAUUAGAGAUCAACCCUCAUGACCAUGUCAUUAAGGACCUCAAGAAGAGGUCUGAUGCUGACAAGAAUGACUUUCAUGUCAGGAAUGCAACUCUUCUGUUGUUUAACUAUGCUGAAUUGCAUUACAAGACGAUGCGGGAGCAGCAAACUGCAAAAGUUUAG